CAUAAAAUUCGAAGUGUCAAAUGUUGCUCAUUUCGAUGUCCCCGUGUUUCAGCACUCGUGGCGCAAGCCUGAAACAAUAUUUUUGUUAACAGAACAAAUCCUACGGAAUCGUUGGACGCAACGAUGAACGAUGAGGCACACAGCGACCUGCUGGAUGCCGAAUUCCGCCAUAUCUUAUACAUGAUCAAACCCCUAGUCGGUAAAAUAGACGACCAUUAUCGUUUAGAAAAAUGCAGAGUAUGGCUGGAGCGUCUCAGCGUCGUACACCGCUCGGAGAGGUUAGAAAGAAACAAGUACCUUCUGGCUCUGGCCAAUCAGAUCCACGACGGUGUGCUGGAAGUACCGUUCACAGCCACGCCACCUAAGGGGUUGUUGCCGCCGCUGAAGAAACUACAAACAAUGAUGGGGGGCAAAGAGACACCACGUGGGUGUGGGUGUCCUCGCCCGAAAGAAACCCAAGCCUGGCCAUUCGUCACCCAGAAAUGCCCCGACUCUGCAGAGAGCGUCAAGCGUACCCCUCCCAAAGAAAACACUCUACUCCAAAAGAAAAAACCGGCUAGAUGUACCCCGAAAGUACCACCUUUGCCAAAAAAACUAAACAAAGGUGGCAACACCGCACAAGACGCGUGGCUCAAAGAAGACUCGUGGUACGACAUCAGCGACACCCCCGGAGACACAGACGCAGAAGAAGAAACCAAGAAGUUAAGUCUGCAGCAUAAAGCAGAAGGGCUGAAACUGCAAGAGCACUACAUGAAGAAGUACGAAGAGCAAAGCAAACAAACGCUGAAGGACAGUCCCUUCCAAGGGGUAGGUUGCACGCAUAAACCAAAACCACCCUUUAAGAGCAUCUGCGAAGAUAAAGCCAAAAGAAAGUGCGUGGAGGCCAAAAAUCAACCAGUCGUGCGACAGUGCAACAAAGAAUGCGUGAAGAAAAAGCAAGAAUUGCACACCGUGGAGUCCACAAUCAAAGACAACCAGUUGAUGGUCGAAGACCAACAAGUUGCUCAAGAUUUAGACAAAGGCCCCAGAGUCACGGAACAAGAAAUUGAGGCACUGAAAUUGAGAAUGAGGGAUUUGCUUGAAGUUAAACACGCUCUGAUUGAUACGCACUGUUUGACCGAAGAUAGGAAGAAGACCGUCGAUGCUCUGAACGCGAAAGUGGCGCGGUUGGAGCAGGAAAAUGCCGAGCUUCGGGGGCAGCUGGAUUCGCAGGAGAAGGAGUUCGUGCAGGUGGAUCAGACUAAGAGCAAGGAAAUGAGCGAUUUUAAGGACAAGUUUACUCUUUUGAGGCAGAAAGAGGUAGACUACUUGAAGCAGUACCACAAGAAAGAAAUCGCCGCUUUGGAGAAGACGCACAACAGUCAGGUAGCGGAGUUGGAAGCUCGGAUUGCAGUUCUUAAAAAAGAGUACGAGGAUAAGAUUAAGGUGCUCGUGAACUCGAGUUUUGAUGCAGCGAAACAGAAAGAUGAGGAAAUUCAAGAAUUGCAGAUCCAAUUAAAAAUGAAAGCAAAUCAAAUCGCAAACGAAGGCAGCGGCGAACAGAUAAUCAGUCUAAAACGCUGCAUUUCCAAACUGGAUAAAGUCUUACAUAAAAAUGAAAAGGAUUACAUUAAAAAAAUUGAAAGACUCAAACAGGAAUUGGAAGUUAAGGAUAUGACCAAUCAGAUGCAGCUCCAGACUCAAAGAGCUGACCUUAUAGUCCGGAACGCCGCCACCAAACAAGAGGAACUAAAGUGCGCCCUCAACAGUCUCGAAGGAAAGUACAAGAAAAUGAUGGACUGUUUACAAACCCGUGCAGUGCACACGAAAAAACAAGACGAGAAACUUAUAGAAGAACUGAGAACCCUCCUGGACCGCAACAACAUACCCUACGCAAUUUAGCAGUCCGGUCCUGCCCAUCGUGUCAAAUCAAACGAAAAUCAGCUUAGGUUUUAGUUACUAGUGUGAUGUAAGCAAUUGGAAUACGUCAAUAAAUCGUAAAUAAUA